UGUUAUGACGAAACUACCCUUCGGCCUUCAUGAAUCAUUCUCUCACUCACCGUCUCCGUUCACACCAUUCUGGCAUUCUCUCUUUCAAGUUUCAUCCCAAAACCCUUCUCAACCAUCAUCGCUACCAGAAUCUCCAUACCCUCCCUCUCCAAAACUGUGGUAGCAUGGCAGACUCAGAUGAAUCCCAACCGCCAACCGACUCGUCCCAAAAUGGCCUUACUUCCCUCGAUAAUUACCCCGUGCCACUGUCCCCUCCACUCCCCGCAAUCUCCAAGCAAAUCGAGCUAAGCCGAGCCAUGACCGCAUCUUCGAAAUCGAGCCUCUUCUCUCUCUCAACGUGCCACGUCAUCUACGAAGACCAAUGGCUCAUCGCAAUCAACAAGCCCCAAGGAAUCUACUGCGAAACCAUCCUCUCUUCCGUUCCAACCCUUCUCAAACCACCUCAAGGUGUCCACGUCAGCGUGCCUGAGCUGCACCUUGCUAACCGUCUCGACCGCGACACGAGCGGCGUGACGAUUAUUACGAAGUCACACAAAGUAGCAUCGAAGUUCGUGAAGGCAUUCACCGACCACGAGGUUCGUAAAACCUACAUCGCUCUCUGCAGUGGCGUGGCCCCGAAGUGGAACAGGAUUACCGUUAGGUCCGGGCACGGGAGGUCCAAGUUUGGCGCGUGGCGCGUUUACGCUGCCUCCGAUGUCGGGCGGAAGCUACCAGGCGGUUCGGUAGUCCGUGACAUGGAGACUUCGUUCGAGGUUUUAUCGGUAAACGGAAGCGGAACGUUCAGAGACGAGUCGGAAAUUAACGACGGUGGUGAUGUGGUGGUUGUUGAGGAGAGAGCUGUGAGAGAAGGUAGUGGUGGCGAUGCAGAGAGUGAGAUAAUAGUUAGGGCGUAUCCUAGGAGUGGACGAACGCAUCAGAUUCGGUUGCAUUGUCAGUACCUUGGGAUUUCGAUUGUAGGGGACGUGAAGUAUGAAGGGGUCUGUGAAUGGAAAGAGGUGGCGCGUGAGGGCCACGCGCUUCAUGCCGAGAGCUUAUCGUUCAAGCACCCCAUUACUGGCGAUCGCAUUUCACUGCACGCGCCGCUUCCAUCUUGGGCCAAUAAGGCCUUGCAGUUGCAGCACUGAGGAAAUUGUGUGUGUUUUGCAAAAGAGACCUUUAAUUUGAAGGAAUCAUUGUCAUGUCCUUGUUGCGAUGAAGAUCAGGGUCGUUAUUUUUGAAACCUGCUUCAGUGCUCUCUCCAAACUGUCAAAUACUAACGGAGUAACAG